AUGGCCAAGGAAGUCAAAAUUGCAAAGAUCGACGUCUUUCAAGUAGACCUCCCAUAUUCCGGGGGUGUCUAUCACCUCUCGGGCGGCAGAGAGUACAGCUCCUUCGACGCUACUAUAGUCAGGGUGACCACCGAAUGUGGUAUUGAAGGCUAUGGCGAGAGCACUCCUUUCGGUUCUACGUACAUUGCCGCCCACGCCGUGGGCGUCAGGUCUGGCAUUGCCGAAAUCGCCCCUCAUCUGAUCGGCCUGGACCCUCGCCGUGUGGAACGCAUCAACGAUGCCAUGGAUGCCGCGCUUCUCGGUCAUGAACAUGCAAAGACCGCCAUUGACGUUGCCUGCUGGGAUGUCUUCGGUAAGAGCGUUGGCCUCCCCGUUUGUGAGCUUCUUGGUGGACGCACCGGUUGCAAGAUGCCAAUCAUCGACUCGAUUCCCGUCGGUAGUCCAGAAGAGAGCCGAGCCAAGGUCGCAGCCUACCGUGCCAAGGGGUACCUCGGCCACUCCAUCAAGGUCGGCGAUGACCCUACCCUUGAUGCCGCCCGCGUCGCUGGCGCUCUCCGGGACCAGAAACCCGGCGAGUACUUCAUCGUGGACGCGAAUGGCGGCUACACCACCGAGACUGCACUGCGAUUCCUGCGACUUCUCCCACCCAACCUCGACUUUGUCUUCGAGGCUCCGUGCGCCACUCUUCGCGAGACCCUGUCCCUUCGUCGCCGGACCAACAUACCUAUCGUCCUUGACGAGGUCGCUAUCGACGCCCCUUCCAUCAUUCAGGCUAUAGCCGACGACGCGGUCGAAGGUAUCGGCCUGAAGAUCUCCAAGCUGGGAGGCCUGACCAAGUGCCGCAGGAUCAGGGAUAUUUGCAUAGCUGCCGGCUACACCUUUAGCGUUCAGGAGACAGCUGGCUCGGAUAUCGCUUUUGCAGCCAUUGUUGCCAUGGGUCAGACUGUUCCUGAGCGGAACCUGCGCUGCGUCCUCGAGAGCCGUGAGAUUGUCGCCCUCAAGACGGCAGACGGGGACUUUGACAUUGUCGAUGGUCGCGUGACAGCCCCAACAGCGCCUGGCCUGGGCAUCACCGUCCGAACGGAGGUCUUGGGCGCCCCAAUCGCCACCUAUCAAUGA